AUGGUGGUUAUGGCAGGAGCGUGUUACGACAAAACGUACGGUAUGAUCGUUUCGUUUACGUUGAUAUACCCUCAUCAGUUUGGUAUCAGUAAGAAAUUCAUUUGUCAGAUGUUUGAAGCGUUUGCCACUUCAGAAUGUUCUCUGCCAUCUAUUGUUACGGAGGACUUAACGAGCAAUCUUAAAUCCCUGGAUCAUUCAAAUAUAAUGGCUACUUCUUGUUAUCUAUUUCAUUACGGAAUCAGAAUGGAUCUUGUAUCGGGCUACUCAUUUGGUCGUUUCACAGAUAACAUAAUUGAUGAUGCAUCGAAGAUGAAAGUUAAACAACUGAAAUUAAAGCUUUUCCAACAAUUUAUUGGCGAGUGUUUUUCUGAUAGAAAAUCAGAUUAUGAAGUUAAAUCAGAACCACAUGAAGUAAAUAUCGAUUGGGCACUAUACGAAUGUGACUUUACUGAUAGGGAAAUGGCAUCUCUUCGUUCAUUCUCUAGAAUGGCAUUUUUUUUGGCUCGUAAGCCAUAUGAAGAGUUACUUGCUGGUUACAAAUAUGAUCUUGCUAAUACGUCAUACAAAACAGAACAAGAUAUAUUAAAAUAUUUCACACUUGUCGCUAGAAGUAUUGGACUGAUGUGCAUAUUUCCAUUUUUGUACAGAUAUAAUAUUGAUAAAUAUGACUUUGUUGAAAAGGACGAUUAUGAAAUUAAAAAAGCAUAUCAAUUAGGAAAUAGCUUACAGUUCGUGAACAUUUCACGGGACAUCGUCAGUGACAGCGAAUCGUGGGGACGUUGUUAUUUACCCACCGACUAUUUGGAGGACGAAAAAAUCGAUGUAAGUAUCUUAUGUCAAGAAAAGAAGCCGAGGUCCCUUGGAAAUGAUAAAUUGAACAGAUACGCUGAUAAGAUGAAGGAGUUAUCUGACAAACACCUAAUGGAAGCGGUGGAUGUUAUUUGGCGUUUACCGAUAGAUUUAAGGGGCUCAAUUCUGACAUCCAUUGAAAUUUAUAGAGGAAUUUAUUAUACUAUCAAGUCUAGUCCAACAUUUCCUACCAAAGCAAAGGUAUCUAGGUGGGAUAAAUGUAAGAUUAUAUUUUAG